GAUAAGGUCGUUGGAUUUUCCUGAAACUGGAGGCUCCGAGAUUUACGCUGGAGUGGAUCGUCUGGACUAUGAAGACAUGGCCAGCAUCCGACUGGGUGAAUGGGCUCGAAUGAAUCAAGUCCGAGAGCGGGAAAUCAACUGUGUGGAUGUGGCCCAAUAACAUGUCGCGUUUAAAUUGAUCAUUAAAACCCUUUUUUGAAACCACCGCCAAUGAAGUGCUUCCGCGUUGCGCGCCAAUUUGACUUGUUCUUUGUUCCAAACUCAUCCAUGGAGGAUUCGUAUUUGAAAUCCCCUGAGGCGGUUUGCGCCCAUUUCAAGGUGAAUCCCUUGAAAGGACUAUCGUCUCAGCAAGUAACUGAACAACGCAAGAUCUUUGGAUCCAACGAACUACCUGAAGAAGAGUCCACCCCCCUUUGGAAGUUGAUCUUGGAGCAAUUCCAAGACCAGCUUGUUCUUAUUCUGCUGGGUGCAGCUGCCAUAUCCUUCAUUUUGGCUUUAACCGAAGAAAACGAAGGCAUAGAAGGCUUUACCGCAUUUGUCGAACCCAUUGUUAUCCUUCUUAUUUUGAUCGCCAACGCUACUGUUGGUGUCUUACAAGAAUCCAGCGCAGAAAAGGCAAUUGAUGCUCUUAAAGAGUAUUCACCCGACGAAGCUAAAGUUUUACGUAAUGGAACCCUCCAGAAGAUCCGUGCCGAAGAAUUGGUUCCUGGCGAUAUUAUUGACUUGGCGGUGGGAGACAAGAUCCCUGCCGAUUGCCGUAUUUUGGAAAUUGAGUCCAGUGUAUUUAAAGUGGAUCAAGCUUUGUUGACUGGCGAGUCUGUUAGUGUGAACAAGGAAGUCGAAGCUAUCAACGAUCCCCAUGCCGUCAAGCAAGACCAAAUCAAUGUCAUCUUCUCUGGAACUUCAUGUGUCAUCGGAAAGGCCAAGGCCGUUGUCGUUCAAAUCGGUUCUGCUACUGCUAUUGGUGACAUUCAUACAUCCAUCACCUCUCAGAUUAGUGAAAAAACCCCUCUUAAGCGCAAGUUGGACGAUUUUGGUGACAUGCUUGCCAAAGUCAUUACCGUUAUCUGUAUUCUUGUGUGGGUCGUCAAUAUCCGUCACUUCAACGAUCCCUCUCACAAUGGCUGGCUUCACGGUGCUAUUUAUUACUUCAAAAUUGCUGUUGCUCUUGCCGUUGCUGCCAUUCCUGAAGGUCUUGCUGCUGUUAUCACUGCCUGUCUUGCUCUUGGAACUAAGAGAAUGGCUGCCUGUGGUGCAAUCGUCCGUAGUUUGCCUAGCGUUGAAACUUUGGGCUGCACAAGUGUUAUUUGCUCCGACAAGACUGGUACUCUUACUACUGGUCAAAUGAGUGUUUCUCGGGUCCUGCUUGUCAAUGGUCAGAAUGGAGAUCUUAGUGAAUAUAUGGUAGAUGGUUCCACUUAUGAGCCUGUUGGUGCUAUCCGUUCAGCUGAUGGUAAAGAACAUACCAACUUGCCUGCCACAAAUGGAGCUCUUUACGAUCUUGCUCAAAUCUGCUCCUGCUGCAACUACUCUAAAAUCGCUUACGAUGAGGCUACUGAAGCUUACUCUAGCAUUGGUGAACCUACUGAGGCUGCCCUCAAAGUGCUCGUUGAGAAAUUGGGCACUGAUGAUACUUUGCACAAUGAAACUCUGGCUACCCUUCCACCCAAGGAACGUGUUAGCGCUUGUAACGAUCACAUUGAAAGACAGUAUAAGCGUCUUGCUACUUUGGAAUUCACCCGUGAACGCAAGUCCAUGUCCGUCGUCGUCUCCUCUGAAGCUAAUCGUAUCACUCGAUCUGGCGCUGGUACUCAAACAUCGUUGCUUGUCAAGGGUGCCCCUGAAUCCAUUCUCGAUCGCUGCUCAUUCGUUCGUCUCUCUUCUUCAUCCAAUGACGUUGUGCCCAUCACUGAGAAAAUCCGCAGCGAAUUGAACGCCAAGAUUUUCGAGUACGGUACCACCAUGGCUCUUCGUUGUCUUGCCCUUGCUAAAGUCGAGAAUGUCAACUUCAAGGAUUUCAACUUGUCUGAACAAUCUAACUUUGUCAACUACGAACAACACAUGACAUUUGUUGGAUUGGUUGGUAUGAUGGACCCUCCUCGCCCAGAAGUCCAGGACUCUAUUGAAGAAUGUCAAGCUGCUGGUAUCCGUGUUAUUGUCAUUACUGGAGACAACAAAAACACUGCUGAAGCUAUUUGCCGAAGCAUUGGUGUUUUUGAAGAAGAUGAAGAUUUGACUGGCAAGAGUUAUACUGGUAGAGAAUUCGAUAUGCUUUCACCCUCGGAAAAGAUCGCUGCUGUCAAACGUGCCUCUUUGUUUACAAGAACAGAACCUUCCCACAAGCAACAAUUGGUGGAUCUUUUGCAGUCGCAAGGUGAAAUUGUCGCCAUGACUGGUGAUGGUGUCAACGAUGCACCCGCAUUGAAACGCGCUGAUAUUGGUAUUGCCAUGGGUAGCGGAACCGACGUUGCUAAACUUGCUGCUGACAUGGUUCUUGCCGAUAAUAACUUUGCCACCAUCGAAAAGGCGGUUGAAGAAGGUCGUUCCAUCUACAACAACACCAAGCAAUUUAUCCGGUAUCUCAUUUCCUCUAACAUUGGUGAAGUCGUCUCUAUUUUCCUUACUGUUCUUCUUGGAUUACCCGAAGCUUUGAUUCCUGUUCAACUUUUGUGGGUCAAUUUGGUCACGGAUGGUCUUCCUGCCACUGCUCUUGGUUUCAACCCUGCGGAUCAUGAUAUUAUGCGCAGACCUCCUCGCAAUGCCAAGGAAGGCUUGGUUGAUGGUUGGUUGUUCUUCAGAUACAUGGUCAUUGGAACCUAUGUUGGUAUUGCCACCGUUUUUGGUUACGUCUGGUGGUUUAUGUUCUAUCAAGGAGGUCCCCAGAUCUCUUAUUAUCAAUUGUCUCACUUCCACAAGUGCUCAGACCUCUUCCCUGAAAUUGGCUGCUCUAUGUUCACAGACAGCAUGGCAUCAAGAGCCACUACCAUGAGCUUGUCCAUUCUGGUUGUUAUCGAGAUGCUUAACGCCAUGAACAGCUUGAGUGAAAACGAAUCCCUUUUAACCCUUCAAUUGUGGACUAACCCUUACCUGAUCUUUGCCAUUACUCUUUCCAUGGUUCUCCACUUCAUGAUUUUGUACGUACCCUUCUUCGCUAAGAUCUUCGUCAUCGUUCCUCUCAAUGUCGAGGAAUGGAAGGCUGUCAUGUGGAUAUCUAUCCCAGUCAUCAUUAUCGAUGAAAUCUUGAAGUUGAUCAGCCGUACCUUCAUUGCACCACCCUCCAAGCUUGUCAAGCACAAGAAGAUCAAGCGUGCGUAGAUUUAGAAUACAUUCUCUUCUGUAACCACAUACAUACUGUAGAACAAUGACGACCUUUAAGGCUACAGAAUAGACGUUUUUGU